AUUAGUGUCGUCACUUCCUGCCGGUACCGGUGUGGACGGUACGGGUCGUGGCCGCCGGUUCUCCGCUUCUCCCCUUCCCCUACUCUCCUCCCUCCCUCCCUUUCCCUCCCUCGGCGGCGGUCAGUCGCCCGUCGCGGACUCCCUGACCCGUCCCUAACCCCUUCCUGACUACAGGCUACAGGAUUGGCCUUUUCCUGUGCCCCGGCCCAGCGUCAGUGUCGGGGCGGGGGCCUUGAGGAGCCGGAGGCGCUGCCACAGAGAAGAGAAAAGACUAGACGACCCCUCGGCUCUGCAGCGGGAUUGCUCGGCUCGCCGCCGCCAUGGCGAUGAGGCAGACGCCGCUCACAUGCUCCGGCCACACGCGGCCUGUGGUGGAUCUGGCCUUCAGUGGCAUCACGCCUUAUGGCUAUUUUCUAAUCAGCGCUUGCAAAGAUGGUAAGCCUAUGCUUCGCCAGGGAGAUACAGGAGACUGGAUUGGAACAUUCUUGGGUCAUAAGGGUGCCGUUUGGGGCGCAACAUUGAAUAAAGAUGCCACCAAGGCAGCGACAGCCGCUGCAGAUUUCACAGCCAAAGUAUGGGAUGCUGUCUCAGGAGAUGAAUUGAUGACCCUGGCUCAUAAGCACAUUGUCAAGACGGUGGAUUUUACGCAGGAUAGUAAUUACUUGUUAACCGGGGGACAGGAUAAACUGUUACGCAUAUAUGACUUGAACAAACCUGAAGCAGAACCUAAGGAAAUCAGUGGUCACACCUCUGGUAUUAAAAAAGCUUUGUGGUGCAGUGAGGAUAAGCAGAUCCUUUCAGCGGAUGAUAAAACUGUUCGCCUUUGGGAUCAUGCUACUAUGACGGAAGUGAAAUCUCUAAAUUUUAAUAUGUCCGUUAGCAGUAUGGAAUACAUUCCUGAGGGAGAGAUUUUGGUAAUAACUUAUGGACGAUCUAUUGCUUUUCAUAGUGCAGUAAGUUUGGACCCAAUUAAAUCCUUUGAAGCUCCUGCAACCAUCAAUUCUGCAUCUCUUCAUCCUGAGAAAGAAUUUCUUGUUGCAGGUGGUGAAGAUUUUAAACUUUAUAAGUAUGAUUAUAAUAGUGGAGAAGAAUUAGAAUCCUACAAAGGACACUUUGGUCCUAUUCACUGUGUGAGGUUUAGUCCUGAUGGAGAACUCUAUGCCAGUGGUUCUGAAGAUGGAACAUUGAGACUGUGGCAAACUGUGGUAGGAAAAACAUACGGCCUUUGGAAGUGUGUGCUCCCUGAAGAAGAUAGUGGUGAGCUGGCAAAGCCCAAGAUCAAUUUUCCAGAGACAGCAGAAGAGGAGCUAGAAGAAAUUGCUGCAGAGAAUUCAGACUCCAUCUACAGUUCAACUCCCGAAGUGAAGGCCUGAGCGUCAGGCACAUGCCGCAGACAGUGCACAACUUACGGACUAAAGCAAGCAGAGAAAAGCGUCAGCCUCCAGUUACUCUCUGCUGAAAGCAACGUGAGCAGUAUAUAAUGAGGAAUACGAAUUAGCUCCAGUGCUGGAACUAACCUACUUGGUGAUACCUAUGAGUGAGAACACAAGAGUAUCAGCCAAAGGCUGAUGGAGUUAUGCUCUUACAGUGUGAUGGUCUGUUGUCUUUUUAAUGAGUAUGUGUAAGCCAACAUCCAAUUUCUCUUAUUACAAUUAGAUUUCUUGUAGCUGUUUAUGUUAUUAUGAAGAGGGAAAAUAUAUUGGCCUAUUUUUCUGACUUUUCCCUUAAAAGCAGAAAGCUGGUUUUUUUUUUUUUUUUUUUUGCUUUAGUUAUAAAGAAGAGGGAAUACAUGAUAAAGUAACAGUUUGAUUUCUCUUAUUGUACACUGCUUCUGAACAUCUAAUUGUUUUUAGUUGUCUCAAUAAAAUGGCUCUAAAACAA